AAGUUGAAUAAGAAUUUUAUAAAAAUCCAUUUGCAUUCGCCCUUCUAUUCAGAAGAUUUAACAAAAAGACAAAUCAUCGGUGGGCAUUUUUUAAUUCCCGCACCUGGCUGUCAUAAACAAGAGUCGUCUGGAUCCCCGCGGGGCAUUUAUGUCCCCUAAUAAGAAAGCUUUCAGCGUGUGUUCCUCUCGUGGGUUGAAGUCUCUUGACAGAGCAUUUCAGUAAUAAUGACGGAGUGGGAGGGCCACUCGGUGCAACUAAUAAGGACUUGCUAUCCAGCGGGCGAUCGCACUGUGACUUUUAUUUCCAUGUCCUGGAAUCCGGAAUCACACUGACCGCAAUCACACAUGGAUUACACUUGUUUCGCUGCUUUUUCUUUGUUUCUGCCUUAGAGGAAAACUUUCUCACCAACUGUCGCCGUAAAGAAAUAGCACCUUCUUUGUCAAACAGCCCAAGAGAACGACAGCACUAACUGGAGGUUGACAGGUCUUCGAGUGGGACUGCUUUCAAGCGGCCGAGCCAUGGAUGGCCUGUUAAGAUGGACGUCUUUCCUUUGGAUGGUACAUUUCGCUCCCUGCACUCUUGGAAUGGUAGUGAGUGAACGAACAGAUGGCUCUUGUCCCCCUCUGAGUGUAGAGGACCACAUGUUUUCUGAUGUGUUGGAUCGUCCCCUGGACAUCACAGGAUUUGAUCUCACCGAAAAGUUUCUUCUGCGAAAGGGAACAAUCACAGAGGACCUGCCGUCAUUUCGUUUAGGAAGCGGCUCACUCAUCAAGCCGACAGAAGCGAUAUUCCCAAAUGGGAUUUCAAGUGAAUACUCCCUUGUUACCAUCUUCCGGGUCAGAAGAACUACAAAAAAAGAUCGUUGGUAUCUUUGGCAGGUAUUCAACGAGUCGGGGGACAGUCAGGUGUCUGUUGUUGUUGAUGGGGACAAGAAAGUAGUGGAGUUUUCUUUCCGGGGACUACAGAACAUUCUCCGCUACACGUUUAAGAGCCGCGACCUACAUGCCCUCUUCGAUCGGCAGUGGCACAAGCUGGGCCUUUCAGUGCAGAGCAACAUCGUCUCCAUUUACAUGGACUGCAAACUGAUAGAAAGGAGACUAACGGGUGAGAAGGACAGCGUUGACCCCAGUGGGCGCACUCUCACUCUCAUCACCACGCGACUCGAGGAUGGACGAUCUGUCGAUAUUGAACUGAGAAAAAUAUUGAUCUACUGUGACCCUUAUAUGGCUGAAAUGGAAAAUUGCUGUGAGCUACUGGGGCCAAAGUGUGAAGCCGAGAAGACCUUUAAUGGGACUUCCCCUCCCCUGGUUACAGCCCGGCUCCCCGAGACGCUGUCCCUCCCCACUUCACAGUCUAUUGACAGGUGUCACUGUCCAGCUGAAAAGGGGGAUGCUGGUGUUCCAGGUGUAGCUGGAGUGCCAGGAAUAAAAGGAGAGAAAGGAGACAAGGGGGAACUUGGAUCAGAUGGGAAAAUGGGAAUCAAUGGGGAGAAGGGUGAUGUUGGUGUGCCUGGAGCUCCGGAGCUGACUGCUGACAAAGAAUGUCUCAAAGGAGAUCAGGGGCCGCCGGGGGACAAAGGAGAGAAGGGAUCGACCGGGCUGCCGGGCCAGCCGGGGGAACCGGGCAAAGAGGGCAAAAGGGGACGGAGAGGAAAGACUGGGGAGCCUGGACUCAGAGGCCUGCCGGGUGCCCCAGGGGCCGCGGAAGGAGCAAGUAUCAAGCCAGGUGCGGAUGGGUCAGGCGGGAUGAAAGGACCAAAAGGGGAUAUUGGUCCUCCGGGCCCUCCUGGUCCUCCUGGUCCCGUGAUGACAGCUCAUGGAUUACGACAGCUCUCCGGAACUGGUGAGAUGAUGGAGAAGAGCCUCAAGGGAGAAAAGGGAGACGAGGGGGAGAGAGGAACUCAAGGACCGCAAGGCUUCAAGGGAAACAUCGGGCAGCCGGGACUCACGGGGAAUCAAGGACCAGAGGGUAAGCAAGGCCUGCCUGGACCCACUGGUCUCCCGGGACUCCCAGGCGAGCCAGGCUCGCCGGGGGAGUCAGGGUUGCCUGGGAGAGAUGGCCUGAAAGGAGAAAAGGGAGACUUUGGUGGAGCGAUGGGGCCACAAGGACCUAAGGGAGAGCCUGGUGAGCCUGGAGGUGGAUAUAUGGGCGAUGGUUUGUCUCUAAGCAGAGGGACCCGCGGGCCCAAGGGCGAGAGAGGUGUCCCGGGACUGCCAGGUGACCACGGGGAAAAGGGCGAACCUGGAGAAAGUAUCACGGGCUCGCCUGGCCGCAUGGGACCCGAAGGAAAGCCGGGAAUUGAGGGCCCUCGCGGAGCCCCGGGUUUAUCUGGCCCUCCUGGAGCCACAGGAAGAGAGGGCUCCCCAGGCAGGCCAGGACCCCCGGGCCCAGCUGGACCCCCAGGUCAACCAACGGCCCUGCCAAUAGUUGGAGACAUGGGGGCGUUACUCAAGAAUGCCUGCAGCGUGUGCCAGACAAGAGUCCCCGGGCUCCCCGGGCAGAAGGGGGAGAAGGGGCCCCAAGGACCGCGAGGAGAGGAAGGCAUACUGGGAGAAAAGGGGGAUCCAGGUGUCAGAGGUCCUAUGGGAAACCCUGGGAAAGAAGGCCCAAAGGGAGUAAAAGGAGAGAGAGGCUUUUCAGGACCCGCGGGAGAUAAAGGGGAGGAGGGGACUCAUGGAGUGCCAGGACUUCCCGGUGUGUCCGGUCGCACCGGGGCCCCAGGGCUUAUGGGUAGACCAGGGCCAGUGGGCCCACAUGGAAGCAAAGGAGACAAAGGAAGUGAAGGACCCUCGGGCAGACCAGGGCUUCCAGGGCCUCCGGGCGUCCCCUAUGUGGAGGGGAACGGCAUGAGCAGUCUGUACAAGCUGCAGAGUGGCGGAGCUAUUUUAGGACCUCCUGGAGCUCCUGGCGCUCCGGGUCCCAAAGGAGACGAAGGACUUGCAGGAGAACCAGGGGCCAUGGGAUUACCCGGGCUUGAAGGGUUACCCGGUGCAAAGGGCGAUAAUGGUUUGCCUGGUCCACCUGGGGUACAAGGUCCUUCGGGGAAGCCCGGCACUCGUGGAGAGCCAGGGAUCCCAGGAGAGCCGGGUGAGAGGGGACCGCUCGGAGAGACAGGGUUCCCAGGGCCCGAGGGACCCCAAGGUGUUGCUGGGAGACCUGGAAAAGAUGGAACUCCUGGAUACAAGGGAUCCGCCGGUCAAACAGGGGACAGAGGGUCCAAAGGAGAACGUGGGGAUCCAGGGAUUCCUGGAGAGAGAGGGGUCCAAGGCGACAGGGGGCGCUCAGGAGACCCCGGCCCCAUCGGACUGAUGGGAGAGGCUGGUCAAAAGGGAGAUCCUGGCCCUCCAGGACGAUUGGAGAAUGCAAACCUCCUGGGUGACACCAGCUUCAUGGAAGAACUCAAAAUGUUCAUCAGAAACGAAGUGCUGAGGGUCUUCGAAGAGAAGCUAUCGAGCACUGCCGCGGUGCAGAAGACACCUGCAGGGAUCCUAGCUUCCCAAGUCCAUGGGCCUCCAGGACCUCCUGGAAAAGACGGAUUACCAGGACCGCCCGGAGAGCCUGGACCUCCGGGUCCUCAUGGGUACAGGGGUCAGAAAGGAGAACGAGGUCAGAUGGGUCUGGGGUUACCAGGAGACACAGGAUCCGUGGGGCCACAAGGCCCGCCUGGGGUCACUACUCGGGGCCCUCCUGGCUCCCCGGGGCCCCGUGGACCUCCAGGGACAUGCGACCGCAGUGACUGUCUCCUUCCACCACUUUGAACCCGGCGGAGUGUUUUUUUUCAGGUGCUGACGUCCAGCUCGGUGUUGCAGCUACAGAGCAGGAGAAGGUCGGCCUCGCUGUGUGCAACAGCUUCCUCCUCUCUGCUUUAUCGCACCGCUUUUGAUCCCUUUACUACAAAAUAUGGAUGACGUGCCGAUUAUUCUUUGAUGGGUUUUGUUUUCAAUGGAAAGAAAAGCUUUUGAGUUUUUCCUUUUCUUUUUACUUUAGAGUUAUUUUUUUGUAUUCAUAUCCCCUACUGUUAUGUAAUUCAUUCCUUGUCAACUCUCAUUAAGGUUUUCAAGACCAUGAAAUGACUUUUUUUCAUCACGUUCAGUCCUGUUAAGAGAGUGCUGGCAGAAGGUACAUCUCACAUGCGUGUGCGUGUGUGUGUGUGUGUGUGUGUGUGUGUGUGUGUGUGUGUGUGUGUGUGUGAGAGAGAGAGAGAGAGAGAGAGAGAGAGAGGGGAAUAGAUCAGCUGAAUAAAUAUACUUGUUUUAGGGUUUUUUUUUAAGACAGAAAUGCGUUACAUGUGUCUGAAAUAGAAAUUAUUUAUUGGAAGGGUGUUCUCCAGGAAUGUAUGUAAAUGUAAUAAUUAUAGUGAAUGUAGCGUGGAUAUUCAGUCACAAUAUUACUAAAAGUAAUCACUGAGAGUAGUAUGCUUCUCAUUGACACAUUUACAUUGUGCAUGAUAAUCAUUUCUGGGAACCCCCAGUGUAAGCUGACAGACGUGUUGUUAGACAUGUUGGUUACGCCUUGGUACCAUAUCUUUUGUCGUACUAAAACCUACAUUUCAUAAAAACUGAACUGAAUCCACUUAGUUUGCAUCGAGGGCAGAUUUGAAAAAUGUACUUUAAAUGUUGUUUAUUUAAUGAGUGUGACGUGACCUCACAUUCACUUUUACUGUUGGUUUAUCUUAAAUGUUUAACGAGUGAUGUUUUUUUCUUGCUGUCCAAUGGGGCCUGUAAUGGGACCUGACAAUACAAUUGCAGAAGUUUUUAAUGUAAUUACUUCUGUUAUCUGUGUUUGUGUGAGAUGGUGCUUGCUAACCUUUACUGUUUACAUAGUGUUGUGUAUGAUGAUUCCUCUGAUUUAUUUGUAUAUUUUUGAUUUAAAGUCACAGAAGGAAAUCGGACUACUACACUUUUUUUGUAUGUGCUAAUUAUUUUGAACUUGAACUUUCUAAUUGUUUUCAAAUGUUUCAUGGCCUACAUUCUGUGUUUUGCACUUACUGUCCGUUACUGUGUGUCGCUAUGUAUUGCCUCACAAUUUGGAUUUAUUUAUUUUAAAGCCAUUUUAAUGUAAACUAUUCCGCUAACCACUACAAAUCACUAUCUGCAAAACUGGGUUAUUUCCCCACACCAUCAAUUAAGAUCUGUUCAAGUUUCUUUUAUAUCUAAUAUAGCAACAUUUUUUCACUCAGCAUGCAGGCUUAGUUUUAUCUCUGCUACGUUGUAUUCUUAUGAGUGGGUCUAAAUUCAGAUUGGCAUUGAAUCAAAUGUCCGUCGCUGCCUUCAUUUGUGAGUCUGAAGAGCCCCCUGCUGGACUUGCCACACUUAUUUUCUCUUUGCUUGUAUUGUGAAUGUGAAAACAUUCUUUCUUUGGGUUGUGGCCUUUAUAAAGUCCUCUCCUGCUAUUGGCGUCUGCCGUUUCCAUCGUGCCAUUUUAUGAUUUCCCCUUGGAGACCAUAACACUGACCUUGGCCAAAUUCAAAUGAGGCAGCAUCGGUGGACUAAUGUGAUCUUAACUUUUUGGUGUACUGAUGAGAGCAACUCUGCGCAUAAUGAAUUUUGCUUCAAUUGAUAUUAAUGUGCAUCGGUUUGUGACUUCAAUUUAGCUAAACUGUAUGAUAAUGAGGGAGGACACAGAAUUGCUGCUUAUGUCAGAGCCCACUUCAUUGGCAAUUUGGUGCCGGACGUUGUCCCAGCCCUCCGAGUUCAAAUCUAUUUCUUCUAAGUGUGAAAUAUCAGAUAAAAUGCUCAUAAGACUGAUGUCGAAGCGUCCUUCAAUCAAAGAUAGGCUUAUCAAAUACGGCAAACAUCCUUUAAAACAAUGCGUUUGAUACUUCUGCACAUGUUAUUAUUGCUUUUUUUUCCACAUUGAUCCUGUGGCAACAAAAAAUGUAAUCUUGUAAUAAGCUUGUAAUGUGGAGUAUUGAUCAGCCUUUCUGCCUGGCCCCUCAGAUUAUAAAUGUCCGCCCGCUGCCUUCACUCUUACUCCUCUCUGCUCGUUUAUAAGCGCAUGUCCUGUUGUGGGGCUGCAAUGUGUGUUUUUAAAAGGCUUUGUUCUGUUUAAUAUCUACCUCAGUCUUGGUUCACCACAUGUCUGCAGGAUCCGCCACCACAGAGGAAAUGAAAUAAUUCAACACAAACUGUUGCCUUUCACUGAACAAAGUAACUGAAUCAUUACUUAUGUAUGUAGAAAGCGACAGCCCCGGAUGUCGACAUCGAUAAACUGCAAUUUGACUUACUGGACUCUCGAUAAACAUUUUAGGGGCAGUAAUGUUCCUGUCUUGCGCAGUGAUCCAGUGUGUUGGGUUACCAGGUCACCGAGGUUAUAUUUUACACCUUUCUUUGCGGCAUCUUUUAUUUUCACUGAUUGAUGGCACUUGGCUUACAUGUGUGCAAUAAAUGUUAUUCAGUACUUUA